GCAAGUCGGCGAACCGGCAGCUGGUGUCCUGAUUGUUCUGUGAGGAACAUGCCUUCAAUUCUCACCGCAUUUUGUUCCCAAUGCUGGCAUAGACAUCCCCCUCCAGAGGGAUUGUUCCAAACUGCGGAUGUACAGCGUGUUGAUUCAACAGUUAAAGGAACUGACAUUGCCACUCUUGUUCAUUUUGCUAUCAGCUGCGUAUACUUGAAGAACACCCUUGAAAUCCGUUGUUAUCGAGCACGACAUGAAGAGAAAUCGAAGUCGCACUUCUUGCUGUCGCCUGCUACCGACCUCUCUCGCUAGCCUCUCAGGACUACGGCUCGGCACCCCUCUGGCAUGCGAGCAUCUUGACAAGGCCGCUUGAGACUCCCACACAGGUAUGUCAAGACGUCCAGAUCGAAUGAUGAUUCCCUUUGCAAGCGUGGCGUGCAGGCUUCGAGGAGGUGGACGUGCUUUUCAAAAAAGGUCAGAGGGAAGACAAAUAUGUUGCGCAGAUGGUGAAAAGGAUAUCGAUGCGGCAGUUACCUAUCAUGGCUACUGCAUCCUCGGGAAGUGAUAACUUUCAUACAAUCCCAAAGCACAACAGAAAGUCAUAAAACAAAUGGCACGUUUUCCAGACGGCUCUUCCACAGCGCUCGUAUGAACAAGCAGUGUUGCAAGAACUUUUGGUAGUAAAGCUAGUAAGAACAUCGUUCGAU